GAGAAAGAGACUGAGGACGUGCAAGUGUGAUAGAGAAAGAGGGAGAGAAGACUCCAUGCAGCAUGGCUCCCUGGACAAAGACCACCACAGAGAGAUAUGGCGUUGUUAAAUGGAAUUUCAAAGGCAGUGCAGACAAGCACCUGUCUCUGGAAGUGGGGGAUACUGUUCACAUCCAGGAGGUGUGUGAAGGCUGGUACAAGGGCUACCUGACCAGGAACAAAGCACAGCAGGGAGCAUUUCCAGCCAGCUUCAUCCACCUGAAGGAGGUGAUCAUAGAGAAACGGGGGGGACAGGAAGUGGUGACGUCAGCAGAGAUGCCCCUGGUGAAGGAAGUGACGACCACACUGCGCGAAUGGGGCAGCAUGUGGAAGCAGCUCUUUGUGAUGAAUAAGAAGGAGCGCCUAAAGCAGGUGCAGAGGCUGAUGUGGGACCUGAUGGAGUGGCGCUCCCAGCUGCUGUCCGGGACGUUGCCUAGCGAUGAGUUUAAGGAGCUCAAACAGAAGGUCACUUCCAAGAUCGACUAUGGCAACAAGAUUCUGGAGCUGGACCUGGUGGUUCGUGAUGAAAAUGGAAACAUCAUGGACCCAGAAAACACCAGCGUCAUUAGCCUGUUUCGGGCUCAUGAAGAUGCUACUGCCAAGAUCACAGAGCGCAUCAAAGAGGAACAGUCCAAUGUGCAGGCAGAUCAUUCUGGAAUCUCAGCACGGAUCCAGUCAUCCCCCACUCACAGUCUCUAUGUCUUCGUCCGGAACUUUGUGUGUCGCAUUGGAGAAGAUUCUGAACUCUUCAUGUCCCUCUAUGACCCCAACAAGCAAGCAAUCAUCAGUGAAAACUAUCUGGUUCGCUGGGGAAGUAAAGGUUUUCCCAAGGAAGUUGACAUGUUGAACAACCUAAAAGUCGUGUUUACUGACCUGGGCAAUAAAGACCUGAACAGGGAGAAGAUCUUCCUGAUCUGUCAGAUCGUUCGAGUGGGACGAAUGGACCUUAAAGAGACCAACUCUAAGAAGUGCACUCAAGGGCUGCGAAGGCCGUUUGGAGUCGCAGUGAUGGACAUCAGUGAUAUUAUAAAGGGGAAGCUGGAGUGUGAUGAGGAGAAACAGUUCUUCAUUCCCUUCCACCCGGUUGUUGCUGAGAAUGACUUCUUACACACUAUGCUUAACAAAGUGACAGCAGCUCGUGGAGACAGCGGAGGGCAAGGGCUGUGGGUGACCAUGAAGGCUCUGGUGGGGGACAUUGUGCAGAUUCGGAAGGAGUACCCCCACCUGGUGGACCGCAGCACUGUGGUGGCACGCAAGCUGGGUUUCCCUGAGAUCAUUAUGCCCGGCGAUGUGCGCAACGACAUAUACCUGACUCUGGCAGCUGGCGACUUUGACAAAUACAACAAGACCACGCAGAAGAACGUGGAGGUCAUCAUGUGGGUGUGUGACGAGGAGGGCAAGGUGGUGCCGAACUCCAUCUGCCUGGGGGCAGGAGACCGGCCAGUCAACGAGUACAGAUCUGUCAUCUACUACCAGGUGAAGCAGCCACGCUGGAUGGAGACUUUCAAGGUGGCGAUCCCCCUGGAGGAGAUGCAACGGAUUCACCUGCGCUUCAUGUUCCGUCACCGCUCUUCUCAGGAGUCCAAGGAUAAGAGUGAGAAGAACUUUGCCAUGGCCUUUGUGCGUUUGAUGAAGGAGGAUGGUACCGUCCUGCAGGAUGGGGUUCAUGACCUUGUGGUCUUCAAGGGGGACAGCAAGAGGAUGGAGGACGUGAGCUCCUACCUGUCCCUCCCCUCCACGCGGCCGGGGGAGGUCCACAAGGGGGCGACGCUGAUGCGCAGCGGUAGCAGUGUGGGGGCUCUGUCCAUCAGCUCCAGAGACUGCUUCACCAUCUCCACCCUCGUCUGUUCCACCAAGCUCACUCAGAACGUGGGUUUGCUGGGUCUGUUGAAAUGGCGGACACGCCCUGAGCUACUGAAAGAGAAUCUGGAAAAGCUGAAGCUGAUUGAUGGGGAGGAGGUGGUGAAGUUUCUGCAGGACACCCUGGAUGCCCUGUUCAACAUUAUGAUGGAGCACUCCCAGACUGAUGACUAUGACAUCCUGGUGUUUGAUGCUUUGAUCUACAUCAUAGGUCUGAUUGCAGACAGGAAGUUUCAGCACUUCAACACAGUGCUGGAGGCCUACAUCAAACAGCACUUCAGUGCCACCCUCGCCUACAAGAAGCUGAUGUCGGUGCUGAAGACCUAUCUGGAUGUGUCGAGUCGGGGGGAGCAGUGUGAGCCCAUUCUGAGGACGCUCAAGGCGCUGGAGUACAUCUUCAAAUUCAUUGUGCGCUCCCGAAUGCUCUACUCACAGCUGUAUGAGGGAAAGGAACAGGCGGAAUUUGAAGCUUCUCUGAGGCGACUGUUUGAGUCCAUCAACAACCUGAUGAAGAGUGACUACACCACUACACUCCUGCUACAGGUUGCUGCUCUGAAGUACCUGCCAACAGUCCUGCAUGAUGUGGAGAAAGUGUUUGAUGCCAAGCUGCUCAGCCAGCUCCUGUAUGAUUUCUACACCUGCAUUCCUCCAGAGAAACUACAGAAACAGAAAGUGGCAUCCAUGACAGAGAUUGUGGGCAGCAAACUCUUCCAGAGACAGGAGUGCCGGGACGUGCUCUUACCCAUGAUGCUGCGGGAGCUGGGCGUAGCGCUGGCGGACGUAGGGGAGGGGCCUCAGGACGAGCGCAGGAACAGUGUGGAGCUGCUCAACAACAUCCUGGAGGUGCUGAGCAGGACUGACGUGGGCGACACCUUUAAGCACAUUCAGGACAUCGUCGUCACUCUGCUGCGGACCAUAAACCGCACCGUCAUCACCAUGGGCCGAGAGCACGCGCUGAUCUCACGCGUGGUGGCCUGUAUGACAGCCAUUCUCAGUCAGAUGGACGAUCGACACUACUCCUGCUACAUCGAAACUUUCACUGGAGCUGCAGACCUGGUGGAUUUCCUCAUGGAAACUUUCCUGCUGUUUAAAGAUCUCAUCGGAAAGCACGUCUACCCUUCAGACUGGAUGGCCAUGAUCAUGGUGCAGAACAGAGUCUUUCUCAGGGCCAUCAAUACUUAUGCAGACACCAUGAACCUAAAAUUCCUGGACAACAACAGCUUUGAAGUUCAGCUGUGGAACAAUUAUUUUCACCUGGCCGUGGCAUUCAUUACCCAGGAGUCUCUGCAGCUACAGCACUUCUCUCCCACCAAGAGGAACAAGAUCCUGACCAAAUACGGGGACAUGAGGAGGCUGAUAGGCUUUGCCAUUCGGGACAUGUGGUACAAACUAGGGGUGAAUAAGAUCUGCUUCAUUCCUGGGAUGGUGGGGCCAAUUCUGGAGAUGACUCUGAUCCCGGAGGAAGAGCUCCGCAGAGCCACCAUCCCCAUCUUCUUUGAUAUGAUCCAGUGUGAGCACAACCACUCAGGUCACUUCAGAAAGUUUGAGAAUGAGAUCAUUCUGAAGCUGGAUCAUGAGGUGGAGGGAGGAGGAGGGGACGAGCGUUACAUGGAGCUGCUGCAGACCAUCCUGCUGGAGUGCGCGGCGCAGCGCCCCCUGCUGGUGCCGCAGGUGCAGCACUUCGUGACGCUGGUGCGGGGUCUGCUGGAGCGGCUGCUGGACUACAGGGCCGUGAUGAGCGACGAGAGCCGCAACAACCGCAUGAGCUGCACCGUCAACCUGCUGAAUUUCUACAAGGACAUCAACCGUGAAGGGAUGUACAUCAGAUACCUUUACAAACUGCGAGAUCUACACCUGGAUGUUGAGAACUUCACAGAGGCCGCAUACACACUGCUCCUGCACUCUCGGCUGCUCAAGUGGUCAGAGGAGCCGUGUAGCCCUCAGAUGGACUUCCACAGCUCCCACACACAGCGCCAGCUGAAGGAGACACUCUAUAACACCAUCAUCGGAUACUUUGACAAGGGCAAGAUGUGGGAGGAAGCUAUCUCUCUUUGUAAGGAACUGGCAGAGCAGUAUGAGAUGGAGGUGUUUGACUAUGAGAUGCUGAGUCAGAGUCUGAAACAGCAGGCCAAGUUCUAUGAGAACAUUAUGAAGAUCCUGCGGCCCAAACCAGACUACUUUGCUGUGGGAUACUAUGGCUGCGGCUACCCCCCCUUCCUGCGGAAUAAGGUGUUUAUCCAUCGUGGGAAGGAGUAUGAGAGAAGAGAGGAUUUCCAGAGUCAGCUGAUGAGCCAGUUCCCCAGUGCAGUGCGCCUCAACACCACCAGCGCCCCCGGAGAUGACAUCAGGAACGCCCCGCUUCAGUAUAUCCAGUGUUUCACAGUCCAGCCGGUUCUGGAGAUUCCCCCUCGACUGAAGAACAAACCUGUUCCCGACCAGAUCAUCAAUUUCUACAAGUCCAACUAUGUGCAGCGUUUUCACUAUUCCCGCCCAGUGCGCAAGGGUUCAGUGGAUCCCGACAACGAGUUUGCAUCCAUGUGGAUUGAGCGCACCACUUUCAUCACGGCCUACAAGCUGCCCGGAAUUCUGCGCUGGUUUGAGGUCACCUCUACAACACACAAUACUAUCAGUCCUUUGGAGAAUGCCAUCGAGACCAUGGGAACCACCAAUGAGAAGAUUCUUACCAUGAUAAACCAGUACCAGUGUGACGAGACUCUUCCCAUCAACCCCCUCUCCAUGCUACUCAAUGGGAUCGUAGACCCUGCUGUUAUGGGUGGAUUUGCCAAGUAUGAGAAGGCCUUCUUCACAGAGGAGUAUAUUCUGCAUCAUCCGGAGGACAGGGAGAAGCUCCACCAGCUGAAAGACCUCAUUGCCUGGCAGAUCCCCCUACUGGCUGCAGGGAUCAGCCUGCAUGCAAAGAGGGUAACAGACGACCUUCGACCUUUCCAUGACCGCAUGGAGGAGUGCUUCAAACAGCUGAGGCAGAAGGUGGAGAGGGAGUACGGCACCAGGGAGCUGCCGGAGAUGGACGAGCGCCGGUCCAGCCGCCCACGCUCCAUGCUGCGCUCCUACCGGCAGUCCAUCAUCUCCAUCUCCUCUCUGGGGGGCUCCGAGUGCAGCACCCCCACCAAGACCCAUCCUGACAGUGUGGGUGCCCCCGAAUCGUCGGCCCCCCCGACCCCCACCCUGCCGAGGGCCAGUGGCAGCAUCAGCAUGGUGGAGGAGGGGGAGGUGCGUUUACGCAAAUCCAAGAAGAGGAAGAAGAGGAGCAGCAUGAUCUUCAUCAGUGAGGAGAAAGAGAGGACGAGCACUCUGGACUGCAAACGACUGUCGAAGAAGCAGGAGUUCCGCAGUGACACCAACCUGUCAGAACCCAGCGAGGCCAACAUCACUCUGACCAAUGCCAACUCCAGGUCCCUGCCCACCAUCACAGGUCUGUCUCUGUCGGUGGCCAAUGGGGGGGAGGAGGGAGAGACGGCGCGGACACGCAGGGACAGUAAGAGUAUGUCCAUCUGCCUCCCGACCGACCGCACUCCAGACCGCCGCUCCAAAGGGGUCAUCAACCUGCUCUUCCGCACCAAGCUCAGCUCAAAGUCAGAGGAAGGGAAAGGACCAGCUGAGCCAGCUGGCGACAAAGCUGAUACUCACUUCUGAUCCAUUUUAUGCCCCCAUCCUCCACCUGUCUCUAACCCCGCCCCCAUCCUCUAGCUGUCUCUAA